AUGACAGACUCGCUUCCGCUCACAACAGCCAUGUCUACUGAUAACAGACCACGACCACUGCACGCCUCGAGGUCAUUCACGCGUAUGGACAACUUCCCUGAGCCAGAGCUAUCUCCCAGGAAGCGAGCGAGCACUUUGCAAGGGAAUGGCAUCCCCGCAGUGCCAGCAGCACGACAGACAGCGACAUCACCAGAACUUGCAGGGAAGAAGCCGAUGGCGGAUGUGUUUGAGAACAACGAGGACGACGAGCACGCUGGAAGUCAUAUAGAGGCCGCAAAGCCGGCAUUGAACGUCCCAAGUACGUUUGACGAACUUCCUAUUGAGAUCAAGGUACACUGCGAGCGCUUCCUCGAACGAUUAUCUGCGAAAGUGCAUCCCACGCCUCUGAGUGCCGACGACUUAUCCGACCUCUUCCAGCAAUUCUACGACCGAGCUGCCGGCCACAUAUCUACACACAUUGCAAUCCUUGCCUCGAGAAUAGGCAGAGAAACGCCUCCAGCUUCAUCAGCAAGCUCGAGUUCGAAGAAGCAGCUGGGCAGACCGAGAGCAGGAUCUGGCGCGAGGAAAGGCUCCACUACAUUAGAUGACUCUGCCACGGGUGGAGAGAUGCUCACGGCGUCAGAAGUGUCUGACAGAAAGAGGGCCAGAAAGUUGCUGGAGCACAAGAAGAUCGCGCUCGAAGAGGCUGUGGAGCGAGGAGUGUGCGAGAAGGUGUAUGAGAAGAUAUGGAAGCAUCGAAGUACGGACGAUGAUGCAAGAGAUGAGAAACUGCGCUCGAGAACAGCGGCUCUGUCCUUGGUGGGCAUUGGAUUGAAAGAGCUGCAUAUGGACACCACAGAUCAGGCGAAAGCCGACGUGAGGAAGACAGCGGAAGAGAAAGAGGAAGAGAUCAACCAGUCGCUGUCUGCAGCUAGAGAAGCUCUGAUUCGCAUGGACGACGACCACUACCCACUCGGAAAGCUGGAACAUCUGAAAGCUGCUCACAAAGCUAUCGUCGAGACUCUCACGCAGCACUUCCCAUCCUCGUCAUCAGCAGACGAGAUUCUGCCGACCCUGAUCUACACGCUGAUCACAUCUCCACCAGAAGGGACUAAUGUGGUCAGCAACCUCAACUUCAUCCAGAGGUUCCGUACCUCGAGCAAAGUCGACGGCGAGGCUGCAUACUGCUUGGUCAAUCUGGAGGCUGCCAUCUCCUUCUUGGAGACGGUUGAUCUGUCAUCUUUGAGGGAGGAUGAACUCCCCGAAGGUCCAGCCAAAGCACAAUCUCAAAACAGCGGUAGUCGACCCUCGACUCCCACACUUGACAAAGCGCCGGUCGAGGUGACACCGCGCCCCACGGUAGCCAGGACAUUGACACCUGGCUUGUCACCAGCGACAGCAAUAUCCAGUGAUCAGAGCACACCAGAUAGCAGCAGUGCCACGAGCAUGAAGGCUGCAUUGCCCUCGCCCGGCAUACAGAAGCGACCUCAACUUCACCAACGAAGAAUCUCGGGUUUGAUACAGUCAAACAUCGAUCGAAUAGAGGCAGGCAGAGACAACUUUCUCAACUCUGCAGACAAGCUAUACGAGUCAGUUAAUGGCACACUUGAUGACAGCAUGAAAUUCCUGUUUGGCCGCUUCAAGGAGCAGGUCGGAAAUGGAUCUUCGAUGAUGCCGAAGACCUUGGAAGACGCGAAGAAGCUCGUCAGUACGCCGCCUAACGAACAGGAAGACUCGUUGUCGAUUAGUGGUCACAGCAGUCCUGGCGUAGAUGAUCCGCUGAACAGCAACAGCAAGCCUGCCGACAACAAGGUACUAGACCUGAUAGGUGGGCGCAAGCAGCCACGGGAUCGCAGUGUCGACAGUUCCAAGUCUGGUGAAAGCGUAAGGCGAACGGUGACUUGGGACAGCAAGUCCACCACGAAAGCGGCUGAGCCGACUACACUGCAAGGCAACCUCUUCGCGAAUAUCAACCCACUAAAUCAGCUCAACAAGUUUGGGAUGCCAAGCUUCCCACGCUUUGGUCGUGCGGGUACUGUUGGAUCGUCAGCUCAGCCGGCUCAGUCAACGGCAGCCGAGAACUCAGCUCAAAAUGCUAAGCUUAGCGACAUCGUUGAGUCAUCGGCGACAAUGAAGGACGGCGAUAGUGCGGCGGCCCUACAACGAACGAACACGAAGGAGAGUGUUGCUAUGGGUGAUGAUGAUAUGAACGCGCGAGAGGCACUGGCCACACUGAAGAAGAUCCCACCGCCAAAGAAACGUUUCCUGGAAGUGGAAAGUGCGCAUGAGCUGAAGGUCGGUGAGAUCCACGCUCUGCUGAUGGACUACCGGAGGCUGUCAAAGGCAAUUGGAGACGCUGUUCACAGCUGA